CGCGCACUCACACGCACACGCGCGCGCGCAACCCCUCCCGCCGCGGGCGCGGGGAGGGCGCUGGUGGAGCUGCGGAAGACCAAGUCCGGCGGGCGGGCCGGCGGGGCGGCGGCUGGCACUGGCUCCGGACUCUGCCCGGCUAGGGCGGCGGCUCCAGCUGGAAGAGCGACGUGGAGCGGCCACGUGGAGCGGCCCGGGGGAGGCCGGCGGCGGGAGGCGAGGCGCGGGCGGCGCAGCAGCCGGGAGCGCCCUCCGAGCUGGACCCUCAGCGCUGCGGCGCCGCAGCAGUUCCAGGGAGGAUGAUACCUUUGAUGAUGAGAGUGUUAAUCCUGCUGCUGCUUCCCGAGGGUCAGGCUGCUCCAAAGGAUGGAGUUACAAGGCCAGACUCUGAAGUUCAGCAUCAGCUCCUGCCCAACCCGUUCCAGCCUGGCCCAGAGCAGCUCAGACUUCUGCAGAGCUACCUAAAGGGACUAGAAAGGACAGAAGUGAAGCCGGAGCAUCUGAGCCGGGAGCAGGUUCUCCUCUACCUCUUUGCCCUCCAUGACUAUGACCAGAGUGGACAGCUGGAUGGCCUGGAGCUGUUGUCCAUGUUGACAGCUGCUCUGGCCCCUGGAGCUGCCAGCUCUCCUACCACCAACCCGGUGAUCUUGAUAGUGGACAAAGUGCUGGAGACCCAGGACCUGAAUGGGGAUGGGCUCAUGACCCCUGCAGAGUUCAUCAACUUCCCGGGAGAGGCCCCCAGUCACGUGGAGCCCAGAGAGCCCCUUGCUCCGUCUCCUCAGGAGCCACAAGCUGUUGGGAGGCAGUCCCUGUUAGCUAAAAGCCCAUUAAGACAAGAAACACAGGAAGCCCUGGGGCCCAGAGAAGAAGCUGAGGGCCAGGUAGAGGCCAAAAGGGAGUCCUUGGAGCCUGUCCAGGAGCCUGGGGGCCAGGCAGAAGCUGACAGAGAUGGCCCCGGGCCCAUAGGCGAAGCUGGGGGCCAGGCAGAGGCCGAAGAUGUCCCCAGGCCCAAAGGGGAAGCUGAGGGACAGGCAGAGGCCAGAGAGAAUGGAGAGGAAGCCAAGGAACUUCCAGGGGAAACACUGGAGUCUAAGAACACCCCAAAUGAGUCUGAGGUACACAUUGUUCAACUGGAGAAUGAUGAGAUCUAGAUCAUGAAGAUACAGGCUUGUACCCCGAGAAGUCUCAGUGCCAGAACAUAAGCCCUGAAGCAGGCAGGGGAAUGUACGCGGGGACAGGAACCACCUCUGUGCCCCCUGUCUGAUCCCAGUAGGUAUCAGGUCUUUCUGUGAAGCUCAGGGAAACCCUAAGUUAAGGGGCAGAUGACCAAUAAAGAACGGAAUGAAUUCAUCCCCCAGGCCACCUCUCUACCAAUCCAGCCUGCCCAGAGCCUCUCAGGGGGGCAGGGGGUUGAGGACCAGAAAGGACAGGGAUGCCACUUUCCCAGUGUUUCUAGGCCUCCCGGUGCUCCAGCAGCAGAGCCUAUGGUGCCAGCCAUGGCCAGCUGCAGAGGACCCAGUGAGGAAAGCUCCGUCUAUUCCUGGGCCCCAAACACUCUCUGGUUCCCCCUCACCUGGUGUUCAGACACCCCAUACUCUCCUGUAGCUCAGGGUAGGUAGUCCCCAUCACCCUGUAUCUGCCCCCCACCCCCAGUAAUAUUAAUCAUCACUAGAACUUUUUGAGAGACUCGUACACAUCAGGCAUCAUGCUGGGCAUUUUAUAUAUUAUAUAAUUUUAUCUUCACAAUAAUUCUAUGACCAAGCAGAACUGGCUUCAUUUGACAGAUGAAGAAAUUGAGGCAGAUUGUGUUAAGCACUGUACCGUAAGGUGACAUGCAGCAAAUUAAAUGGCAGAUUUGAA